AUGGACGCCAGCACAACCCACCAGCAGGCGGCAAGUCCAAACGGCACUGCGAAGCUCUCCAACCACUCUCCUGGCGAUGCGCAAGACUGGAGUGGUGAUGAACGCUCCAGCGACGAAGAAGCCCACGACAGAAGCCAAAGCGGCACGUCCAACAAGCGGAAGCGGCCGCUUUCUGUGAGUUGUGAGACAUGCAAGCAGCGAAAAGUCAAAUGCGACAGAGGCGCGCCUGCUUGUUCCUGGUGCUUGAAGAACCACUCAGCAUGCGUCUACCUUCCGCGCAAGAAGCCCGGCCUGCGCGCUGGCUAUGGACGAGAGCUCGAGUCGAGACUUGACAAGCUCGAAGCGCUCCUCGUCCAGCAGCAAUCGCAAAUCAACCAUCUCUCCAGCACCCAAGUCGCCACGUCCGGCCCGUCACCGCAAGAGGUAGCCGCGUUCCGAAGCCCGCCCGUCAUCCAAACCCCCCAUAUACCGCGUCCCGAAACGGCCCUCUUCAUCCAGAAGCCCACGUUCCCUUCGCAAAGCGCAAUACAGAACCAAUAUGGCAACGGCGUCACGGACAAUAGACCCACCCCCUCGGUCACGGGGAAUGGCUACCAGUCCGAGGAUGUGAGCAUGAGCGGUGGCUUGUCCAGAGAUGGCUACACACCAUACAAUGAGCAAUACCAGCCGGCCAUAUCGAGGAAUCUCGGCCAUGCGGAUGCCGACUUUCCACCGUACGACCUUCUGUAUGGCCUCGUCGAUCUUUUCUUCAAGCACAUCAACACCUGGUGCCCCAUCCUCCACCGCCAGAGCACGCUGAACUCGCUUUUCGGAGACGCGACGCUAGAAGAGGCGGAUCGAAUCAUACUACACGCAGUUGUCGCGACAACUGUCAAGUUCUCUACCGACCAGCGCUUGACUGCCGAAAAGCGCACGCGCUACCAUAAGAACUCCAAAGAGAAGGUCCUGCUGUAUGGCAUCGAGAACAGCUCUGUAAAGUCGUUGCAGGCGCUUGUGAUCCUCGCUCUGGACGUUGUUGGCUGCUCCAAUGGCCCUCCCGGCUGGAACCUUUUGGCUCUUAUCACGCGCUCAGUCGUCCAGCUAGGAUUGUCUGUCGAGAGCUACUCACCGAGCGUCGCUCCACAAUUUGCGUCAAUAUACACCUUGCGCGCCAUGACGCUGCCUGAGCCCAAGGACUGGAUCGAAGAAGAGAGCCGACGCCGCCUUUUCUGGAUGAUCUACGUCCUAGACCGAUACGCGACCGUUGCCACGGCUUUCGAAUUCGCUCUCGACGAAAAGGAGAUCGACCGUCGGUUGCCGUGUCGCGACGACAUGUAUGCGCGCAACGUGCCCGUCGAGACGCGAUGGUUCCACACCUCCACACGAUCUGACUACAGCAUGAACAGACCAGAAAACCUGGGCUCUUUCUCAUACUACGUCGAGAUUCUGGGGAUCCUCACACGCAUUCACAAAUUCCUCAAGAAGCCUGUAGACAUCACAUCGUUGUCCGACGUCGAGAACUGGCAAAGUGAGUAUCGUGAGCUUGACAAUGCCAUCGAGCAAUGGAAGUAUAAUCUUCCGCAAGAGUUCGGCAACUCCGCGAGAUUGUUCGCAAAGCCGGGUAUGGGACAAAAUUUGGACAGUGGUCUGGUGAUGCUCCACGCGGCCUUCCACACCACUGUCAUUCGUCUUCACUCAUCCGCGGCGUACCCUACCCAUCGAUCGCCCAUCUUCACACCGUCCUUCAGCGCUAGCCAGCGAUGUCUUAGUGCCGUUGAAAACAUCACAGCCCUGUGUGCUACCGUACGCGACAACGGCUUGCUGAGCAAACUUGGCCCGCCCUUCGCAUUCUCGCUCUGGGUAGCUGCACGUGUUCUCUUGGUCCACGGAUCCACCAUCGAUCACCGAGUCGACCAAUCCAUCAACCUCCUGGUCAGCACACUCCAGGAUAUGGGUCAGUACUGGGAAGUGGGCACGCGCUAUGCAAGUCUUCUUUCACGCGUACUUUCUGAAUACCAAGAGAGCCAGGAGACUCCCGCUGGUGCGAAUGGUGAACGCGUGACACCCUCAACUGUCAAAAUCCUCGCCGAUAUGCGACGAUGUGCAUUCGACCUAGACUUCCUCAUAUCUCGCCAACCCAAGCUCAGCAACAAACAAAAUCUGAAGAUACCAUCAGUAACUCCAGCUCGAACACCGGCGGCAAACGAGCUAGAGUAUCUCGAUGUGUUCGACUUCUUCAACAUGCCUCGACUCCCUGUGUCGAUAGACGGAGCCAUGAGUUACCCUGCGCCAGACGGCAACAUACAGUUACCGGACGGCGGGUUUGGAAACGAGUCGAAUAUUACCAACUAUAUGGUCGAUGCGAGCUCAGAUUGGUUUAUGAAGCAGUCGGCAUAA